GGAUCCGUGGCCUCGAGCCCAGAGGAGAGGGUUCUCCCCAGAGAGCUGGAAGGCCCCAAAUCAAGGCAGGUGGGGCCUUCCGACUCCAGCUCUGCCUCCCGUAGCCACAGCUUCGACAACCCUUCUUUCGAGGUGACCCGGAGGAGGGUCUAUACAGCUGGAAACAAUGUGUCUGUGGUGGCAGGGCCCGGAGCACCUACACCCCGAUGUCCUACAGCUCGCCCUUGACGCGCUUAGGAGGACUCUGGUGUUGUGGGAGGGGUGUCGUCCCCUUCCUGGGCACCUUCCUCACCGAGCUCUUCAUGCUGGAUACUGCCAUGGAGGAGUACCUGGAGGGCAAUGAGGUCAACCACCGGAAGAAGAACAAGGAGUACCGAGUCCUGACCGAGAUCCUGCUGCUCCAGGUGGCCGCGGAUCGGUACCGCAUCGAGCCCGAGCAGCCGUUCCGGGCCUGGUUCCAGUCUGGGACGUGGCUCAGCGAGGAGGAGAGCUACACCCUGUCCUGCCAGCUGGAGCCCCGAGCCGGCCACCAGACAGGAGGAGCCGGCUGCAGUCACCCUCAGGCCUGAGCCGAGGUGCAGGGGCCUCAAGGGGACGGGGCCCGUCUGUGCGACACCACUUCCUCCCGCCUCUUCUAUUGGGAGGACGAUAUGUCAUGGUCUUAACUCAUAAAUGGAAGAUUUCAAUGUUGUGAUAUUAAAGCCGCUUUACUGUCCA